AUGUCCGUUCUCACUUUGCUUUUUGUUUGCGUCCAAAUCUGCUUGAUACAGAAUGUGUACAGCCAGUGUAUCGGUGGUGGGCCACUUCCAGCUUUCGGACCAGGAUUUGGACCAGCUUUGGCACCAGCUGUAGGUCCUUAUGGAAUGGGUCUAGCUGGUUCUCCAUUCGGUUUAGCCCCAACUGCUCUGGAACUUGGUGCUCCUGGAUCAUAUGGCUUCGCCCCAGCCGCAAUUGAAUUAGCUGCUGGUUACGGUGGUUCUGGUGUUGGUGACGUCGCUGUCGCUGGUGAGAUGCCAGUCGCUGGAACUACACUCGUUGCUGGUCAAGUGCCAAUAAUUGGUGCAGUGCACUUCGCUGGUGAAUUGCCAGCCGCUGGUACCGUUUCCAUCACUGGUAGCUGCGGCUGUGGUUGUGGCAACCCAUACUAUUAUUGA